AUGGCCGGACUCGACAGCGACGACGCGAGCAAUGACGAGCGGCUCAAGUCGGCGCUGUGGUAUUCCGUCGGCAAAACUGUCGAUGAAGUGACGCUGGGAGAGGACGCGAAUGCAGCGCCACAUUUCAUUGGCGGACUCAUGGAACUGGUCGCUGCGAAAAUCACAGCUGUUGCCGGUGACAUGGAGGCCUUCGCAAAGCAUGCGGGCCGCUCCACCAUCAACAGCAAAGAUGUCGUUUUGCUUGCACGAAACAACGAAGGUUUACGCACCAUCCUCGAAGACAAGGCUGCCAUCGUGCGACACAAAGACCAGGCCAAGUGA